AUGAAGUCUUCCACCGGAUCGCCCAGUGGUCUCAACCCUGCUGCUGCUCCCUUCGUUCCGAAGAGCGGUUCUUCCAGUCCUCUUAACGCUGCGGCUUCUCCUUCCGCUAUGAAAGGUGAUUCGCCCGAUCGUCGCUCGACUGGUGGUUCGUCCGGUCGUUUCAACCCGACUGCUCGUCCCUUCGUUCCGGGAGGUGUUUCGCCGAAUUAUUCGAACCCCGCUGGCCCCAAUUAUGUGCCUAGUGGUGGGCUCUCACAAGAACAACAGCAGCAUGUUGGAUACUACGAUAACCAGGUUUAUGCUGAUGGCAACCAGCCCUACGGCAACGCUUUAAUUCCUGCUACCCUAGAGAAUAACGAUCCUGCGUAUUAUGAGUGGUCGAGGGACGUCCUCUCCCAGCAGGGUGGUCUUGAGCAAACCGGAGUGUACUACCCACAGGCAUACAACUACUCGAGCCAAAUGUACGCCGCGCAGAACGAGCUUCCAAUGGAUAUCAACAUGGCGAAUUCGUACGGUUCCGAGCUUCCAAUGGAUAUCAACAUGGCGAAUUCGUACGGUAUGGGACUCAGGGCGGUCGGUACUUCCCCCGACGGUGCUCCGGUCUACCUCGACAACCAGCUCCCGAGGAACGAAACGGUCUACUACGACCCAAUGGGUCAGAUCUACAAACUGAAUUUGCCUCCCUAUACUGGUUCCUUCCCGCAAGAGCAGUACGGCAAUGGCUACACCAACAUUGCUUCCUCUACUCAUGAUCAGCUCGCCAAUUUUACCGAUGCCACCUUUACCGACGGACACCAGGAGAACUUCCAGACUAUGGGUAUGGGCGACAUGGAUGUCAAUGCCGGGACUCAUGAGCUUGUCGAGAAGACCUAUGCUAGUCACGACGACGCCUACAAGGUCAACAAUGAUUCUCACGACCUGAUGAACCGUCACUCGGAGAACAUACUUCCGCAGAAGGACCAGAAGCAGCAAGCCAUGCCUGUUACUGAGCAAAUUCAGACGAAGACGCGAAAGCUGGCUGUGAUAAAGAAGGAUCCAAUCAGCGAGGAGGAGAUGACCUUCGGCGAUAUCCUAAAUGAAUACAAGGAACAGAAGAUGAGGAAGAGGGCCAGAAAGACCGCAAAGAGGGGCAAAGGCAAAGCCCGGGCCGCCUCAGAGUCUUCGGAUUCGGAGAGCUACGAACACCCGGCGGAGAAGGGAGACAUCCUUGGCGAUGACGGAGAACUGAUGCACCUCUACGAGGCUCCCGAAACCAACCUCAUGUUCAGCGAUGAGGAGAGAUUGUACUUCACCGAGCUCAUCGAUGCUUACAUGGCGGCGUACUCUACCCCGAUCCGCGAAGUAAACAUGUCGCAUCUCUUCAAAGCCUACCGUCACCUGAGGGCCAAUCACCACCUCACAGAGGGGCCGGAUCGGUCGAACGCGGAACUGUUCGUCCUUUACCUUGCCGAGAUCUCAGACAACCAUACCGUUCUGUCCCUGGAAUACGAGGCCUACUACGAGAAGGUCAUGGGCCAUCUCCCGGAUACCAUCCAGAAGAACCAGCGACGGUUGUUGUCGAAGAGUCACGAGGCUGCUCGUGACUGGGAGAUCUACAACUCCCUGCUCUGGACCGACGCGGUCAUCAAUAUCGCCCAACACCCGGAUCUCCGGAGGGAACUUGACGAGGAGGGGCGCCCGAUGCUGGUCUUGUUCAAAGCCAUCAACAGGUGCUACAAGGCAAGUGCGCGGCGGCUGGAGCCAUUCUGGUGCUCCCCCUACCACUGGCGCCAGUCUCCCUUCAAGCCCAAGAAGCCGGAGGACACCUACGUGCGUCGGAGGGUCGCGGACAAGGGGGUGUUCGCGGACCCGGUGCUGGACAUCCACCCAGACUCGGAGGACGAGCGCGACGGCGCAGCCCAGGAGAUUCCCAAGAAUCACAAGUUCGCUGGGUACUGGCCGUCGGAGGAAAUUUUCCUCCGCGGCCUGCUCAAGCUGCACCUGGUGUUAUAUCCGGCCGCUCCCUUCGACUGGGACCGGAUCACGGCCGCGUUCAACAAGGUGAACACCUUGCACGCGUGCCGUGGGAUCUGGCGCUCGAAGAUGGAGCUCCGCCACCACUUCAAGGUCCUCUACCCAGAGGCUUCGGCCCUGGCGAGGAUCGGGAUGUGGAAGGACAUCCAUCUUUGGGAGGAGCGGGCGCCAGAUCCGUCCAGCACCAAGAGGGGCCGUAAACUCGGGGGUCGCCCUCGGUAG